AUGGAAUCCUCCAGCGGCUCGAACUUUGGAAUAGACACUAUUUUAUCCAACGCUACUAAUUCUGUUAACCCUGCGCUGAUGAACGGAGAUUUCCGCCUCGGUGACAGCAGGACAGCGGAUUUCAGUCGGAGCCAGGUCACCCCGUCCCCGUCAUGUUCGGACAUAGAUACGGUGGGAACGGCCCCCUCUUCCCCCAUCUCCGUCACCAUGGAGCACGCCGAGCCGCAUCUGCUCCAAGACAGCUUACCGCACCACCACCACCUGCAGCCAGGGAGUUUGCAGCUAUCGCCCCAGCCACAGCAGCUAGGGGCUGGAGCCGGCUGUGCCCCCAGGACUGCCACCUCUUCGUUUUUAAUCAAAGACAUUUUAGGCGACAGCAAACCCCUGGCAGCGUGCGCACCUUACAGCACCAGCGUACCGUCACCCCAUCACACCCCCAAACCAGAGAGUGCCAGGGACAGUGGGGACGGCUUCAGGACCAAGUUGGAACAAGAUGAAAACAGGAGUAAGUUGGACAAAAGAGAGGAUAUGGAAAUGAAAUGCAACGGUAAGUGAAUAUUUAGGAUACAUUUCUAUGGAAAUAUGUUUUAGUUAUUGGAUGGAGUAAGUGAGGUUUUAGUGUACACAAAACCUUUUUUUGUUAUUGGGUAGGCUGUCAUAGUAAAGGCUAAUGGUGUGUAGCAUACAUCCAAAGCAUAUUAGUGUUGAAUUUUCUGUGCUUAAAAAAGUUGGUAGCAGCCUAUAGAAAUAUUUUCUGGAAGAUAACCAUCAAAUUGAAUAGGCUAACUGUGCCAAUAAUAGUCUAACAACAACAAUGACAAGAAUAAGAAGAAGACUACGGACAUCUUAAAUUCAAAUUCACAGUGCAGUCUAGUAGGCUAUAUGUUGGUAGUAGCCUACAGUUAUUUGUAAGCUAAUACAUAUCUAUUGUACAAUAUAACUUCCUUGAAUGUAGACCACGUUGUCUACUUAUUUCAAAUGUAUACGACAUUUUUCAAAGGCUGUCUUAUUAGACAAUGAUAUUUAAAGGUUGAUUUUCAGUUGCCCUUUUUUUAUUAGCAUAACAGAUGUAAGGCUGGCGCGAGAUGUUCCCUGUGCGCAAACCUCCCUAGUGGGUCAAUUAGAGAGAUUAUUGUUCUUCCUAGAGGGGGGAUCAGGAGCGCGGCAGAAACUGCUACAAAUAGAGAUGGAUUGACACAUCGAUUUCCCAGUUUUACUGCUAAAAACUUAAGUUGACAAAUACAGUCCGAAUUUCUUGUUGGCUGUAGAUUUUUUUCCUAGCUGUCUGACAGGUGCAAUCAGUGACUGCAGUGCUUCAGUUUCAACUGGACUGCUCAUCUUUAUGAAAUAAUAAGCUAUUGUAAGAGGUUCAAAGUUUAAAACUGUUUAAUUCAAUUGGUUUCUAUUUUUCAGUUUUAGAAUAGGUAGGCCUAUUUGACCUUAUUUUGGCUCAGAACAAAUAGACAAUUAAUUUGUUCCUAAUUUAUUUUUCAUUGAGCCAUUGAACCAUUAAGGCUUUAAUUAUUAAAAAAUGGAAAUUAUUAUCGACUAAUUAAUAUUUUCUAUUCUUUUUCCCAUUCAGGAACAAAAGAAGAGAAUGAACGGGAAAUUUCAAGUAGCAGAGAUAGUCCUCAAUCACGGUCAAAAAAACCUCGCAAAGCACGGACGGCCUUUUCAGACCAUCAACUCAACCAGUUGGAGCGAAGCUUCGAGCGCCAAAAAUACCUCAGCGUGCAGGAUCGUAUGGACCUCGCGGCAGCACUCAACCUGACCGACACACAGGUGAAAACCUGGUACCAAAACCGACGGUAUGUCACACCUAUUAUAAAGCAUCAUUAUCUUCAUAAUUUAAGUUUUUAUUGUAUUGUAUUUUUUGUAAUCUCUAUUAUUAUUAGGCUAUUAUUAAUAUUAGCCAAUUUUUUAUUAAGCCUAUUUAAUGGUUUUUGUUGGUGGUGACGUUGGUAUUAUUACACACAUUAAUAUAAUACUAUUAAGAUUAUAACAUUUUAAUAACGGUAGUAGGCCUAUGCAAUUUCAGCCUAUAAUAACACGAUUUAAGGUGGAUGCAUGUGUUGGUCAGUUAAUUUCGUUCCUAAUUAAUAGUGCAGUUUAGGUUAUUUUUGUGUAUUUCGCUUUUGCUGCCUUUUCAUGCAGGCCCAUAACGUGCUACAUUUAAGUUAAUUAGGCCUACUGAACAGAUAGAAUAGAAUAGAAUAACUUAAGAACAGAUCAAGGGGAAUAAUUAAACAGGCCUAAUCAAAAUGGUUGUCAUGGAACAUACAAGGAUAUUUAAAUGAUUUACAAGAUGAACCCACAUAGUUUUAUUCCAUGGUAUUGGUUAUUGAAAUACACGUUACUCUGGGACUAUGAAAGUCUAUCUGAACAACACAUGAUGUUGACAAUGCACAAUUUGCCUCUCUGGCGUCAGUGUUAAGAUUUCCCCAAUAUGUCAGCCAAGAUUAGUGUUAGCAACGCCCACCUACUAAUACAAAGACACAUCCCAAUAUAAUGACGAAAUAUGUUAUGACUGCAAUCAUUUUUUCGAUCCUGCAGUUAUCUUUCUCGUUGAAUGUAGCAGCCUAUAGUAAAACAACACAUACGUGUUUAUAAAUUAUUUAGGCCUAAUUUAACAUCUUCAAGUAAAUCUGCCAAUGUUUACAGCGUACUUGGUUAGCUUAUACAGAGGCCUUACGAGAAGGAUCAAAUGAGGGAGUAAUGAUCUGAAAUUAAUCUAUGAUCUUAUCAACCAAAUAUAGGCAUUGCACUGUACACUUGAAAUACAUUUUCUGGAUGUAGCUACACGUCCUUUGCCUAGGCUAAUUAAAGGCAUAACCACCGAUUCAUGCUGCAAAUAAUUAGGCCUCACCAAUUAAGGGCCCGUUUGGGAAUUCUCGGAGCCUGAACCGGUUUAAUAAUUGAUUUGUUGUAUUUUGAUCUGAUUUCAGGACGAAGUGGAAAAGACAGACAGCGGUCGGAUUAGAGCUACUGGCUGAAGCCGGAAAUUAUUCCGCCUUACAAAGAAUGUUCCCGUCGCCCUAUUUCUACCACCCGAGCUUGUUGGGCACAAUGGACAGCACGACAGCAGCCGCCGCAGCCGCAGCAAUGUACAGCAGUAUGUACCGGACUCCGCAGCAACCACAUCCCGGUCUCCAGAGACCCCUUGUCCCGAGAGUACUCAUCCAUGGCCUUGGGCCGGGGGGCCAACCGGCAUUGAACCCGCUGGGUAACCCCAUGCCCGGCACGCAGCAUCAGCGGUAGAAACAAGACGAUUCCUAUCACAAAAACUGUUUUAACCACAUGUGAUGUGAGUAACUGCGCAGAACGAUGAACAAUACUUUUGAAAAAGACAAUAUAUGAAAGACAAUUUUACAGAAGGAGAAGGAGGUAAUAUUUAAUGACUGAGAGCCAGUUCUGACGUAACCACGAUCUGUCUGCAGCAUCGAGUCGAGGCCAUAACAGAAAAAGGACUGUUCAUAUGUCUGAUUGUUUGUUUGUUUUUUGUACAAAUACACUUAUACUAGCAAAUAAACUUAUAAAGUUUAUUAGAUGGAGAAAAGGGUUGAAUAAAG